UAUAAAUACGGCUCCGGUGGCUGGGAGCGUCACCUGCCUACGCACCUUCACAACGGAUAGAAUGUGGAACUUUACACUUCUGACGCUUUGCCUUCUCAGUGUUGCCGUUUUGGCACGAGGAGCGAGUCUCCCAGACGGAACCACAGAGGCUGACUGUUCCCAGUACAACUUGCCCAUGUGUCCCCGCAACUUCGAGCCAGUGUGUGGAAGCGACGGCACCAACUACUCUAAUGAAUGCAUGCUGUGCUUUCAGAACAUGGAGCGGAAGAGUAACAUUCUCAUCCGGAGUAAAGGAGAGUGCUGAACCAGACAUGACCGUCCAUUGUCUCAGCGACACACCUGGCUCCCUCAACAUUACUUUAAACCACUUCCUGUUGCCUUGUCAAAACACUGACGUCUCUUCUAUUGCGUUCUAAACGCUGAGGAGACGGUAAACGAUUUGUCUCAAGUGUCUCUGUAUACUUUGAGCCGUUUCCUCGGCACCUGAUUCCUUCUCCAAACCUUAUGGGCUCCCUGUUUGUCUUCUGUAGAGCACUUAACCCCCUAGUCUUUAAGACUUGUGUAGCAAAAUUGAAAAUUGAAAUUAAAAAUACAAAAUUGUAUUUUUAAAUGGGGUAAUCUUUAUUGUGUUUUUACUUGGCCAUCUUUUAAAAAUCUGUAAUUAAAACAAUAUUUGGAAAGUU